UAUCUCUACUUUCAGUUUCAAACCAUUGCCAGGGACAAGACCACCUUUCCUAGGUGAGUAGAAGGCUUUGGUUCACAAGACACAGGACCUCCCUUCUCUGCCCAGGUCUGUGAGUGUGCAUGCUUAUGCGUGUGUUUCUAACAACUGUUUUCCAGGAAAUGGGAGUUCUGUGUCAAGUUAGGGAAGUUCUAUAACUAUUUACACUGUAAGGUAAUUCUAGCCUAAGUGUUCAAGUAGAAUUGCUGAAUGAAAAGAAUAAUUUUCUUGUCUGUGGUGUUAUUUUCUUUAACAUAGUAUCAAGUGUCUAUUAUCAGGGCACGUGGACUGAAGAGUAAGAAAUUGUGGUGUUGAGAAUCUGGAUCUGUUCCCGAAAUAAAUGUGUCAUACUCAUCACACGAUGACAUCGACUCAAGAUCGAACAUCUCAGGACAGUUCAGAGAUGAGCAAAUACUAUAAUUACAAACCCAAGCCAAAAAACAGGGAUGCUUCUCCAGGGCAGCAGAAACAAAGAUCGGCACCACUUACCAGUCAACCCAGAGAAAAUGGUAUCAUAAGAAGAAACUUCCCUAUAAGAGAACUCAAAAUAUCUCCAUUGUUCGUUAGCCGAAUCAUUGCUGCAGCCAUGGCAAUACGCUUCCUCAUUAUCACUAUAAUAUGGUUUGCCAUUUUCAUAACUUUGUUAUGCAACAACGAGGUUCCAAUUUCUUCAAGAGACAGUCACUGUACCCAAUGCCCUGACGACUGGAUAUGUUAUAGAAACAACUGCUACCAGUUUUUUAAUGAGAGCAAAAGCUGGAACCAGAGCCAAGCUUCGUGUUUGUCUCAAAAUUCUACCCUUUUGAAGAUAUACAGUAAAGAGGACCAGGAUUUCUUUAAGCUGGUGAAGUCGUACCACUGGAUGGGACUAUUCCAAACGCAAGCAAAUGGCUCUUGGCAGUGGGAAGAUGGAUCCACUCUCUCAUCCAACGAGUUAACAUUGGUAGAAAUGCAGAGAGGAUCCUGUGCUGUCUAUGGCUCCAGCUUUAAGGCCUACACAGAAGAUUGCUCAGCUCUAAACACAUACAUCUGCAUGAAGAAGGCAGUGUAAGGACUUCAUUAACUAUCUUGGCAACAGCCAGGACAAGAGAAGGGAUUAUACCGGGAGAAACUGGGACUAAAAGAAAGAGACCGAACAUACAUGCAAGACAAAACAGCAGGUCUUCUCCUUCCAGAAACAAGCCACAGAACAAUUAGAUGAACAUUCUGUUUCCCAUAAAACAAAGGACACUAACUCAAAGAUCAUCAAGGCGGCCAUUCACACCUUUCUCCAUUCUGCUUAGAAUGUGGGGAAGGAGGCAAGGAGGAGCCUCGAUUUCAAAAUGGGAGCAACAGAUCAAACCGGACUUGCUGAACAUAGCUGACAAUGAGGACUACUGAGAACUCAAGAACAAUGGCAAUGGGUUUUUGAUCCCACUGCAUGUACUGGCUUUGUGGGAGCCUAGGCAGUUUGGAUGCUCACCUUACUAGUCCUGGAUGGAGGUGGGUGGUCCUUGGACUUCCCACAGGGCAGGGAACCCUGAUUGCUCUUUGGGCUGACUAGGGAAGGGGACUUGACCGGGGUAGGGGGAGGGAAAUGGGAGGCAGUGGUGGGGAGGAGGCAGAAAUCUUUAAUAAAUAAUUAAUAAAUUAAUAAAUAAAAAAUAAAUAAAAAUUUUUAAAAAAUGGGACCAACACAUGAGAGAGCUGAGAGAGUAGAAGAGGGCAACCCCAUAGCACUCUGGCAGUCUAAACUCCAGCACUGUAGAAAACAGCACACUGAGUGGGGCUUCAGCGGUACCACAGGAUAAUCGGCACUGUUGCCAGCAAUGUUGCUAUCCCAGUGGUUCAAGAAAGUGGGUUUCUGUCUGGGCAGGCACGGUUUGAUUAAGGGAAAGAAGGACUGCUUUGUGAUCUUGAAUAUUGCAUGGAGCUCAUCUUCCUAAUUUUUGUGUUUUUUUGCGACUCCCCUAUCCCUUUUUUCUUGUGUUUCCUGUUGAAAUGAUAAUGUCUAUUUGAAGACCAGCCUCACCAUUGUAUUUUGAAAAUACAUGGCUUGUUUCACUUUACAAGUGACAACUAGAAAAGAAGGUUGACUCUCUGAUUUGUGUAUGACUUGGGUCAAAUUUAGAUGAGUCCUUGGAUCUGAAUUUUGAAAGGUGAUGCUGGAAGGAGUUAAGAUGCACAUAUUGGCUAUGUGGGAGCCUAGACAGUUUGGAUGCUCACCUUACUAGACCUGGAUGGAGGUGGGAGGUCCUUGGACUUCCCACAGGGCAGGGAACCCUGAUUGCUCUUUGGGCUGACGAG